UAAGACCCGCAACAGUUCGACAGGCGUCCAGAAGGAUCAGCGCCGGACUUUGAGACUUUGCGCAGCCCACAGCUCGUUUUACUCGCGCUGCUGCAGCUCGUCGUGUACACACGCUUCUUGUCGAUCGUCCGCAUACACUUACACCUGCUUCUUUCAUCAUGGGCGCCGUGGACGUGCUGAAGAAGUGGGACUUCUACAAGAAGAUCCCGGAGGACUUGACGGUGAGCACACUUCCCGGCGUGAGUUUGUCGAUCGCCGGCUGCUUCAUCAUGUUCCUGCUCUUCAUCCUCGAGUUCAACAGCUACCUGACGGUGGACUACAAGUACGAUAUCGUCAUGGACGAAGGACUGGACCAGACUAUGCGCAUCAAUUUCAACAUCACAGUGCCCGACUUGCCCUGCGAGUUCGCGUCCGUCGACGUGUCGGACAUGACAGGCACGCGUAAGCACAACAUGACGUCCGACAUCUUUAAGAUCCGUCUGGACCAGAAGGGCCGCAUGGUCGGGCUCGCUGACGAGACGCAGGUCAUGCCACGCUUCGCCGAAGACACGGAGUACGGCGAUCUGCCGGAUUCGGACGCUACAGUGACCAUCUUGGACGAGGAAAGCUUCGAGCCGUUCCUUAAGCAGCACCACUACGUGGCUGUGGACUUCUACGCCCCGUGGUGCGUGUGGUGCAAGCGACUGGAGCCUGUCUGGACGCGCGUAGCCAAGACACUCCCCUCGCUGCAUUACGGCCAGCAACUGCGUGUUGCCUCCGUCGACUGCCAGGCCCACCCGCAGCUCUGUAUGAAGCAGUUCAUCCGCGCGUACCCUUCUAUUCUCUUCUACAAGGACGGCGACGUAUCCCCCGUGGAAAUGUACUUUGGCGACCGAACUGUAGAGGCGUUUGUGGACAAGUUCAAACAGCUUAUGGCUGGCGAGAUGGACGUCGUCGAAGCGCGUAAGAAGGAGCUGUUCGAACAGGACAAGAAGGAUGCGCGUGAACAAGGACGCGCCAUCGCUCGCUCUGCUGUCGGACCCGAAGGUUGCCGUCUGUUCGGCCACUUGUACGUGAAGCGAGUCCCCGGAAACUUCCACGUCCACUUGGCCAACCCUGCGUACUCGAUGGACUCGUCGCUGGUGAACGCGUCGCACACAGUGAACGAGUUGUGGUUCGGCGAGCACUUGGCACCCGGCGACAUGUCGAGACUCCCACGCGAGGCGCAGACGCAGCUGUACACCCACCGCUUGGAAAACCAGGACUUCACGUCGCUCUACAAGAACCACACGUACGUGCACUACAUUAAGGUGGUGACCAACUCGUACGUGCAGGGAGACGGCUCGGAGAUCAACGUGUACAAGUACACGGCGCACUCGAACGAGUAUCUGGAGACGGACGACCUGCCGUCGGUCAUGUUCCGCUACGACCUGUCGCCCAUGUCGGUGCGAAUCUCGGAGGACACGGUGCCGUUCUACCACUUCGUCACGUCCGCCUGCGCCAUCAUCGGCGGCGUCUUCACGGUCAUCGGUAUUGUCGACCAGAUCAUCCACCAGACGGCACGUGCGCUCAACAAGAAGGUGCUGUAAGGGCCAAAAGCUAGUGAUACUCACAGGGUUGGAAGACAGUAGCGAGCACGGUGAUAACGUAGCAAGCCGCUAACAAGUAGAACUGCUUCAAGUAGUA